AUGGAAGAUAUGUUUGCAAAUCUACCGGAAGAGUUGGUGAGUGAUAUCCUGAGAAGACUCUCUAUUAGAAGCGUUAUGACGUGCAAGUGUGUUUGUAGAUCAUGGCGUCGUUUGAUAAAGGGGGAUGAGUUUGCGUCGCCGUACACUUCGAAACCAGGUCUGUCUUUCGUUCAUCGGGACGGGAGAGAGUACACGGUGUUCGAUGGGGCUUUCAAGCCACUUUUCCGAUUUGGUUUUCCUGAAGGUUGGAAUUUUCACGUUGUAAUUGCUUCAGUUAAUGGUUUGCUUGCGGUGUGGGAUCAUGAUAAAUACGCUAUACAAAUGUUUGUAUGCAAUCCAAUGACUCGUGAGUAUGCUAUGCUUCCUCCUCUGAUGGGGGCAGGUUUCUUUUUUGGAUUCGGAGUGAGCAAAUUAAGUGGACUGUAUAAAAUUUUAUAUGGUGAUCAAUAUAGUUCGUGUCAUGUAUACACUCUAGGAAGAGGAAGUUCAGGACGGGAGUGGAGAAGCAUCACAUCAACAGCACCGGGUGUACCUACACUAGGAGGUGAUUGUGCUAAAUUUCUGAACGGAAAUCUUCACUGGUUGGUUUCUAAUAUCGAGAAGAAUGACUUGGUUUGUAGCUUUGAUAUUGAAACUGAGCUCUUCACUAGUUUUUCGCCACCACAUGAUUAUGGUGGCAAUCCAUAUGGCAACAAUCAUCUAUACAUUUUGGAGGGUCAGCUAUGUUUAUGCGAUAUUUUAAAUAGUAAUCAUGUUGUUGUCUGGAAGAUGAACAGCUAUGGGGACGAGAAUUCGUGGAUAAAAGAAUAUAAGUUCCUCCUACACGUUUCUCUGUCCUAUUUCGAUUUUUAUCGUGGUAUUGCUUAUAAAAUUCAAAGUUUUGGCAAAUGA